GUGACUUUUGUUAUCAGGCUGACCAAGCUCAACGCUUGGGCCAAUUCAAUUCAAGUUGCGUUGCAAGGCAGCGCGAGCUUUCGUCGCCUCGCAGCCGCCUUAAGCUUCCCUCCAUCAUCAUCGCCUUAAAUAUUCCACACCACGAACUACACAUCAAACGUAACCCACCAAAGCUCCCGCCCUCACAUAUUACUCCGAAAUUACCGCACUCCCUUUUAAUUAGAUUAUACGUCAUCAAGAAAUUUCGGAAAUCAUGGCGGACGCAGCUCUGAAGCCCGAGAAGGACUUCAGCAAGGAAGCUGACGUACAAAUCGCCGAAGCAGAGAAGCUUGCUAAGAAUGAUAUUCAAGCAGCUAUCGAGAAGCUUACUAUUUUCGAGAAGCAAACCCGACAGGCUUCCGAUCUCGCCUCUACGUCUCGAACUUUAAUUGCGAUAUGUACGAUCUGUAAAAAUGCCGGAAACUGGAGUUUGCUCAACGACCAGGUCUUGGUCCUCUCCAAGAAGCAUGGCCAGCUUAAACAAGCUAUCACCAAGAUGGUCCAGACCGUUAUGGGCUUCCUCGACGCUACCCCGAAUCUAGAUACUAAACUAUCGGUAAUCGAGACCCUGCGCACCGUGACCGAGGGCAAGAUAUUCGUCGAGGUCGAGCGCGCUCGCGUGACUAAAAUUCUGUCGGACAUCAAGAAGGAGCAGGGAGAUCUUAAGUCCGCCAUGGAUAUCCUCUGCGAAUUGCAGGUAGAAACCUUUGGCUCAAUGGAGAGACGGGAGAAGACGGAAUUCAUACUUGCCCAAGUCGCAUUAUGUAUCGAGAACGGCGACUGGACGCAAGCUAGCAUUCUCAGCCGCAAGAUUAGCACCAGAUAUCUAUCUCGAAAGCCGAAGAAGACGGCGGAGCAACUAGAGAAAGAGAAGAAGACCCGCGAAGAGAAGCUGAAGCGUGGGGAGGAGGUCCCCCCCGAGCAGGAGGACGACACUACGGACUUAAAGCUGGCCUACUACGAACAACAGAUCACUCUGGCAAAGCACGACGACAAGUAUCUCGACGCCUGCAAGCAUUACAGGCAAGUAUUGGAUACCGAAGCUGUCGAGGAGGACCCUUCAAAACUACAACCCGUCCUGCAACGCAUCAUCUACUUCGUCAUACUCGCCCCCCACGACAACGAACAACAUGAUCUUCUCCAACGUAUCUUCCGUGAUACUCGAAACACCCAAAUCCCUGUUGAUGCGGCGCUUCUCAAGUUGUUCACAGUGCAUGAGCUCAUGCGAUGGCCAGAGGUUGCGAAGCAGUAUGGUCCUCAUCUCUGUGGGACCGAUAUCUUCGACGAGCAUCCAAACCAGUCGGGCGACGAGAAAGCCUAUCAGCGAUGGCAGGAUCUGCGCAAACGUGUUAUCGAGCACAAUGUUAGAGUUAUCGCGAAAUACUACACCCGCAUCGGCAUGAAGCGCCUGACUCAGCUGCUCGACCUGACGGAGGAUGAGACGGAGAAGUAUAUUAGUGAACUGGUGUGCUCCAAGACGGUCUUUGCCCGCAUUGAUCGGCCAGCCAGUAUAGUCAGCUUCGCCAAGCCCAGAGACGUCGACGACGUCCUUAACGAAUGGAGCCACAAUAUGAAGAGCCUGCUCGGUUUACUGGAACGUGUAGAUCAUCUCAUUACCAAGGAAGAGAUGAUGGCGAGGAUUCAGCCCGGCGCAAAGGAGGGCAAAGAGAAAAAGGGUAAGAAGAAGGCGUGAUAGACGACUUUAUGAGGACUCUUUUUGGGGAGUAAUUCUUUCGGGACCGGGAGAGGGACUUGGGUUCGAGAGGAACUGCACAGCACAGCACAGGUUUGCAUCGAAAACAUGCGAAUGUACAAU